CUGUACGCGAUGUUACUUCAUGCCUUGUAAAGUUAUCACAUACAUAUUUUGAUAUGCUUGAAUGACAACAUGUUUUCUUAACUGUACAGGUACAUCACUAUUCUCUACUAUCUAAAUGACGUGGAAGAAGAAGGAGUUUGGGAACCGCAAGGAUGGCGAUGGCUUCAAUUUAAAUGAAUAUGGUCAUAUAGCAAAUAUCGUUGUAUCAGCCAAGAAAGGAAAAGCUAUCAUGUGGUAUAACUAUGAACUGGAUGAAAAAACCGGCUGGAUGAACCACAGAGAUGAUAGAUCGUUACAUGGGGGAUGCAUCGUGAAGAAAGAUAUCAAGUACAUAGCCAUAAAUAUGGGAUUUUCCAUGCAUUUAGGAAUACUACUACUACUAAGGCCCGUGGCUCCGUGUGGAGCAUAGGCCAUCGACGACCCCUCGCCAUCGCACUCUGUUCUGGGCUAAUCUUGCUGCUCCUGUCCAGUUUGUACCUUGCUGCUUGAGCUCUGCCUCAGUGUCUCGCCUCCAGCUGUUGCGAGGCCGGCCUCUCUUCCUCUUUCCCUGCGAGUUCCAGGUCAGAGCUUGGCGUGUGAUGCUGGAUGCUGGCUUCCUGAGGGUGUGUCCGAUCCAGCCCCACUUCCUCUUCAGAAUUUGUUUUGCUACUGGUUCCUGUCCCGCUCGCUCCCACAGCUCUUCAUUUGGGAUCAUCUCUGGCCAUCGGAUGUUGUAGAUGCACCGCAGACAGGUGUUGAAGAAUGUCUGGAUUUUCUGUAGCAUUGCCUUUGUCGUCCUCUAAGUUUCGCAUCCGUAGAGCAAGACUGACUUCACAUUGGAGUUGAAGAUGCGAAGUUUGGUUCUUGUCCUGAUCUCCUUGGACGACCAGAUGUUCUUGAGCAUGACAAAAGCUGCUCUGGCCUUGCCAAUCCUGGCUGUGACAUCUCUGUCCGUGCCCCCCUGUCGGUCAACUGCACUCCCAAGGUAGAUGAAGGAAUCCACUUCCCUGAUGGGCUCUCCACCGACUGUGACUGGUGUGUUGGCAGUGGUUGGCAGUGCAUUUAGGAAUGCCAUUUCAAAAUCAAAUAAAAAAAUCAAGAGACAGACGUAACGUUGAAAGUCCCUUGGGGAGAAUUA